AUGCCCAACGGGCUGAUGGAACAUUUCCCAACAGGACGUUUGGUAGCUGUUCUUAUGGGCAGUUUGGCAUUCGCUGUUACUUAUUGGUACAUAAGACAACAACAAAAUUUAAAAUGUGAAAGUAGAAAUAAAAAAGUGAAUGCAAAGUUAUUCGGGCAGGAGAGUUUUGACGUUCAGAAAGAGAGCAAAACGAAUUCAAAGGAAGAUGUUGCCGUAUCAGCAGUAAAGCAGAAUGACGAUAUUACUGAACCGAGCGACAUCGUUGGAGAUGCGGCGCUGGAUUCGAAGUUUGAUAGAAAAAAUGAUGUGUUAGUUGCCGAGUUGAAUAAUGAUGCGCUAGAUGCGAAUGAUGUAUCUGUUUUAGAAGUCCAAAGUAAUAAUUUACGAGAAAUAAAGAAAGAUCCAAUUGACAGUUUAUCUCACUCAGAUAAGGUCUUGAUUGCUGAUGAAGAAGCUUUGGAAUCCUCGUUGGUUUGGAAAAAGUCGGAAAUUAAUGCACGACGUAUUUAUAAUACGAGAAGGGAUGGAAAUGCUAUCGAUGAACAAAGUUCUGAUUCUAAUAUGACAGAAUACAGACCUUCAAAUACACCUAGUAGUGAGGUACAUUUUUUUAAUCAGUGA